GCAGACGGAUAGCAAGGAAACAUUUCUCCCUCUCUCUCUCUCUCUCUCUCCUCUCUCCCCCCUUUUCUCUCACCUCUCUCUGUCUGUAUACCUCUUUUUUGACGUUUGGAGGGAUUGAGAAUUUAGAGAUUAAUUUGGAGCAGCUGUCUCUUUCUCUCUCGGUGGCUUCGCAGGGGUCAGUGCUUGCAUCUUGUUCUCUCACGUAGCAGUGGGGGCCAUGGAGAGUUGAGAGGAAGCGGAACCCUACGGGGGAAACAUUCUACUCUCCUAAGAGUCCGAGCAGCCGAGCUGACCGUGAAGACAAUUGCAAAGGCUUUAACAAUUAAAUCUCAAAGGAUCCAAAAAGAGACUUGAGCAUCUUCUCUUCGUUUGUGUGACCCCUCUGGAGCCAUGAGCAGCAGCAGCAGCAGCAUCGUGCUCACCAGGGGGUGAGUGAUCAGGCAGUGCUACGACACACACACACACACACACACACACACACACAAACAUAACCCCGCAGGUGGCUGAGUGGACGGUAUGAGACUGGUGCUACUCAAGUGGGGGCUGGUGGUGGCGGUGACGGUGACAGCCGGUGUGGUGGUGGCUGCGGGAGGCGAGAGGGGAGGGGGUGGAGGAGGAGGAGGAGGUGGUGGUGGUGCCGGGGGUCACCGGCGCAGCGGUGGCGGCGCAGGAGGAGGAGAGAGGCGGCGUAAGCUCCACCGCGUCCAGCAGGGCCAGUGCAGCUACACCUUCAUCCUGCCCGAGGUGGAGGGCUGCCAGGCGACUUCGGGGGACCAAUAUGGCGGCGUGAACGUGGUGCAGAGGGAUGCCCCGCCACUGCCGGCCGACACCGAGUGGUCCAGCCAGAAGCUGCAGCACUUGGAGACGGCCAUGGUCAACAACACGCAGUGGCUGCAAAAGCUAGAAAAUUAUAUUCAGGAGAACAUCAAAACAGAGAUUGUCCAGAUCCACGCAAAUGCUGUCCAUAACCAAACAGCUACGAUGCUGAAGAUCGGAACCAAUUUGUUGACCAAAACUGCAGAGCAAACGAUGAAGCUGAAUGUUGUAGAAGCCAAGGUCAUGAAUCAGACGUCUCGAAUUGAAAUUCAAUUAUUGGAAAACUCGUUGUCUACAAACAAACUCGAGAAAGAGCUUUUGAUGCAGACUUCAGAGAUCACUAAGCUUCAGGACAAAAACAGCCGGUUGGAGCACAAGGUGCGUCAGCUGGAGUCGCAGCAGCGGACGGAGCUGGAGGGCAUGCGGGAGGAGAAGCAGCACCUCCAGGAGGUGGUGCGUCGGCAGAUGGAGGCCAUCGAGGCCUUGGAGAGGCAACUGCGGGCGGCCAGCUCCAACAACUCGGCCCUGCAGCGCCAGCAGCAGCAGCUCAUGACCUCCGUGCACACGCUCAUCGGCCUGGUGUCGGGCGGGUCGGCUGCCCACCGCCUAGGGCCAAAGUUGAAAGAGCAGAAGUUUCAAGACUGUUCACAGGCCUUUAAAGCAGGUCACAACACCAGCGGAGUCUAUUACAUUUACAUUGGCAACGUGACAACACCAACCAAGGUGUUCUGUGAUAUGGAGACAAGUGGGGGAGGGUGGACCAUGGUUCAGCGGAGGAUCGACGGUAGCACAGACUUCCAGAGGGGGUGGGAAGAAUAUAAAAUGGGUUUUGGUGACCCAGCUCUGGAACACUGGCUGGGCAACGAAGCCGUGCACCAGAUGACCGGCCAGACACAGUAUUCUCUCCGAGUGGAGCUGAAGGACUGGGAGGGACACACGCAUUAUGCUCUUUACGACCGAUUCCAGCUGGGCAGUGAAAAACAGCAGUACAGACUGUUCCUGAGGGGCUACAGUGGCACUGCAGGGCAGCAGAACAGCCUGGUGUCCCACGGGACGGCCUUCAGUACCCGAGACAGAGACAACGACAAUUGCCUCUGCAAGUGUGCCCUCAUGCUUACAGGCGGGUGGUGGUUCGACGCCUGUGGCUUCUCCAACCUCAACGGAAUCUACUACGCCAUUGGCCACAACAUCCGCAAGCUCAACGGCAUCAAGUGGCACCACUUCCGAGGGCCCAGCUACUCCCUGCGUUCCACAGCCAUGAUGAUCCGACCGUACAGCUUCUGAGGGAGAGGGACUCCGACAGAGGAGAGAGAGAGAGAGAGAGGCAGGCAUGACGCCCUCAGAGCCCCCAACCCCCUCCCUUCAACCCCCCACUCUCCAGAAACAAACAAACAAAAACAAAAAAAGCAUUUUCACAGGAUUUUCUGACAAGCGUGACGGGCUCGAAAGCGAAACAUUUGUAAAUCAGCGUCUUGAAUCUCAAACAAUCAAUCAGCCGCUGAUUUGCUGUAACUUGAGCUGGAGACAGUGGUCGAGUCGAAAAAGACGGACAAAGGCUCUAUCCUCUGGCUGCUGCCCAGGGCCCAGAAACGAGGCAGGCCAAUCCAAUCUACCCACUGACAGGCCAGAACCACCACCACCAUCCCCCUCCACCCCAACCUCAAUCCCGACCACCACAUCUAUAUCUCC